UUGCAGUGAGAGAAGCUGUUUCUAUGGGAUGCAGAAGAAGCACUGACUGCAGAUGCCUCCAGAUCACCAGAGCAGAGCCAGGACCCCUCUACAUAUCUGUACCCCACCUGAAGGGAAUGAUGACACCAAAGAACAUCACCACCCAAAGCCUCUUCCCUGCCAUGAGCAGUAACUCCAGCCAGCAGUUUAUGGGGCUGCAGCUCAUCCACUCCUACAAAGCCCUCAUCAUCCUCUGCUACUCGCUGGUGGUCUUCACCGGCAUCUUUGGCAACUACCUGCUCAUCUACGUUAUCUGCAGAACCAAAAAGAUGCACAACGUCACCAACUUUCUGGUGGGCAACCUGGCUUUCUCUGACAUGCUCAUGUGUGCCACCUGUGUGCCCAUCACCUUGGCGUAUGUUUUUGAGCCCAGGGGGUGGGUUUUUGGGCAUUUCCUCUGCUACUUUGUCUUUCUGAUGCAGCCGGUGACUGUCUAUGUUUCAGUAUUUACUCUCACAGUGAUAGCAGUGGACCGGUACCAUGCUAUGGUCUAUCCUCUCAGAAGAAGGCUGACUAUUCCUACCUGUGCCUACAUUCUAGCUGGGAUUUGGCUGUUGAGUUGCCUGAUGGCCGCCCCAGCAUUGGCCCACACCUACCAUGUUGAGUUUCCUCAGCUGGACUUCUCCAUCUGUGAGGAGUUUUGGUUUGGAAUGGAAAAGAAACGCCUGGCAUAUGCCUACAGCACCCUCAUCCUUACCUACGCCCUCCCUUUCAUUAUCAUCGCCUUGUCCUACCUGAGCAUCUCAGUGAAGCUGAAGAACCGAGUGGUCCCCGGGAACAUCACUAAUGUGCAGGCUGAGUGGGACAGGGCCAGGAGGAAGAAGACCUUCCGCUUGUUGGUGCUGGUGGUGGGGGCCUUCGGCAUGUGUUGGCUGCCGCUGCAUAUAUUCAACAUUAUGAAAGAUAUUGAUAUUAAUCUUAUUGACAAACAAUACUUCAACCUGGUGCAGCUGCUGUGCCACUGGCUGGCCAUGAUGUCUGCCUGCACCAACUCACUGCUCUACGCCUGGCUGCACGACAGCUUCCGAGGGGAACUCAAAAAGAUGUUUCUGUGGAGGAGGAAAAGGAUAAGACCCACAGCACCGUGUGUCCUCAGCGUGGUCUUGUGAUUUAUAAGGGAAACAAUGUCCAGAAAACUUGUUUGCACAGAGCAGCGAAAACCCAAAGUCUUGUGGAACAGGGGAAUGGGGGGGGGGGGGCUGCUGUUUACUUUCUGUCCAGGAGACCAGAAUCAGAAUGUUAUCUCCUCACACAAGGGCUCCUUGACUUUAUAUGUACAGAGACUUAUCCCUUAUGUCUGGCUUGGAAUUGGAAAUGGAUAGGACUGGCUAUAUUAUAGGGAUAACAUAGAUUAUUACCCUGCUACUAGGCAGCAUUUCUCCCUACUAUACCUGCUAUCCCACAGUCACACUCCCUUCCCAGAGACUAUUAUCCACUGUUACUAU